AUGCCUGCUGCUGCUGCCAAAACAAAGAAGGAUACCAAGGCACCUGCCAAGAAGGCUCCUGUUAAGAAGAGUGAAAAGGCAACCCCUGCCAAAAAAGAAACCGAAAGCUCAAAGAGAAAGCGUGUGUCAUUCAAAGAAGAAUCCUCUAACAAGAAGAAAGCAAUCGGAAACAAGACAAAGAAGGUCGCUGUCAAGGAAGAGAAGCCAGUUGAACAAGAAGAGAGUGAUGUUAGCGAAGACGAACAAUCUGUAGAAAAGGUUGACGAUGAGAAGGAGGUCGAGGAGGAAGAUCUUACCGAAGAACAAGAGGAAGCUCUUAGAAAGGAGAUUUUGGGUGAUAUGGCCAGCAGUGACGAGGACGAAGAUUCUUCAGACGAGGAAGUGGAUGCUAUCGAUAGCAACGAGAACAUUGUAACCUUGGAUGGAAAGAAGAUGAAAGAAAGCAUGACUGAGACCAAAAAGACAUUUGACAAGAAAUCAAAGGCUGCCAAGACUCCCAAGGUUGAGGAGAAGGGUGUUGUAUAUCUCGGUCGUAUUCCCCACGGUUUCUAUGAAAAGGAAAUGAAAGGUUAUUUCAGCCAAUUUGGUGAUAUUUCCAGACUUCGUCUCUCACGUAACAAAAAGACUGGAAGAUCAAAGCAUUACGGUUUCAUUGAAUUUGAAUCUGCUGAUGUUGCUGAAAUUGUUGCAGAGACCAUGAACAACUACCUCUUAUUUGAACACAUGCUUCAAUGUAAAGUGAUUCCUGCUGAAAAGGUUCAUGAAAAUCUAUUCGCUGGCGCCGACAAGGUGUACAAGCCUUUCAACACUGAGCUUCGCAACCGUCAAAUCCACAACAAGAAGAAGACACCCGAGGAACUCGAACAAAAGUGCAAGGCUCUUAAGAAAACUGAACAAAGAUUGCGCAAAGAGAUCAAAGAAGCUGGCAUCGAUUACGAUUUCCCCUCUUUCUCAUAA